AAUAGCAGUUCAGCGGCAGCGAGGGUAGGAGAAAGAGAGUGGGGCUAUGCCUGGGCAGCUGACUCAAAGAGGCUGCAUGCUGAAGUGCAACAGAGAGGAAGUGAUAAAUCUCAGCUACUAUGCAAUAAAUUGCUCAAACUCCCGCUAAGGAAGCGACUGGCUAUCGUGAAACAGUCAGGUUUUUGUUUUUUUACAAAGUCACUGUUUUGUUACCUGAAUCUUCUUCACUGAACCUUUUUUUUACCUUCUCACUCUCCCAAAGUAAUUUCUAAAAACAAAACAAAACAAGCAAUUAAAAACAAGUGAGAAAGGUAGAGGGGUGGGUGAAGGUGUCUCUAAGAACAGGGAAGAAAAGGGUUAGUAACAUGACAAUAUUCCUCCAGUUUGCUUUCCUUGCAACUCUUCUGACUCACAUAGGAUGCAGUAGUCAACGUCGGGGUCCAGAGUCCAAUGCCAGGAGGUAUAACCGGAUUCAGCAUGGACAGUGCACCUACACCUUCAUCCUUCCAGAACAGGAUGGGAACUGUCGCGAAAGCACCACCGACCAAUACAGCACCAAUGCUCUCCAAAGGGAUGCCCCCCACAUGGAUCAGGAUUUCUCUUCCCAGAAACUGCAGCGCCUGGAGCAUGUGAUGGAAAAUUAUACUCAGUGGCUGCAAAAGCUUGAGAACUACAUUGUGGAAAACAUGAAAUCGGAGAUGGCCCAGUUGCAGCAGAACGCGGUACAGAACCAUACAGCCACCAUGCUGGAGAUAGGAACCAGCCUCCUCAGCCAGACUGCAGAGCAGACAAGAAAGCUCACAGAUGUUGAAACGCAGGUACUAAAUCAAACAUCCCGACUAGAAAUCCAGCUGCUGGAAAAUUCAUUAUCUACAUACAAGUUGGAGAAACAACUGCUCCAGCAGACACAUGAAAUCUUGAAAAUUCAUGAUAAAAACAGUUUAUUGGAACACAAAAUCCUUGAAAUGGAAGAAAGACAUAAAGGGGAGCUGGAUACUUUGAAGGAGGAAAAAGAGAACCUGCAAGGCUUAGUUUCACGUCAAACCUACAUAAUCCAAGAACUGGAGAGGCAGCUGAGUAAAGCAACCACCAAUAACAGUAUUCUGCAAAAACAGCAGUUGGAGCUGAUGGACACCGUUCAUAACUUAAUCAGCAUUUGUUCUAAAGAAGGAGUUGUACUAAAGAAUACAAAGAGAGAAGAUGACAAGCCAUUCAGAGACUGUGCUGAUGCCUACCAAGCUGGUUUUAACAAAAGUGGUGUCUACACUAUUUAUGUUAAUAACAUAUCAGAACCUAAAAAGGUGUUUUGUAAUAUGGAAACCGCAGGAGGAGGCUGGACAGUCAUGCAACACCGAGAAGAUGGGAGCCUAGAUUUCCAAAAAAACUGGAAAGAAUACAAGAUGGGCUUCGGUAGUCCCUCUGGUGAAUAUUGGCUGGGGAAUGAGUUUAUCUUUGCAAUAACCACCAGUCAAAGACACUAUUCUCUCAGAAUUGAACUAAUGGAUUGGGAAGGAAGUCGGGCUUAUUCACAAUAUGAUAGAUUUUACAUAGGAAAUGAAAAGCAGAAUUACAGGCUCUAUCUGAAGGGUCACUCGGGAACAGCAGGAAAACAGAGCAGCCUGAUACUGCAUGGGGCUGACUUUAGUACCAAAGAUGCUGACAAUGACAACUGUAUGUGCAAAUGUGCCCUUAUGCUAACAGGAGGCUGGUGGUUUGAUGCCUGUGGGCCUUCCAAUCUCAAUGGAAUGUUCUACUCUGCUGGACAGCACCAUGGAAAAAUAAAUGGAAUCAAAUGGCACUACUUCAAAGGCCCCAGUUAUUCAUUACGUUCCACAACUAUGAUGAUCCGGCCAUUAGACUUUUAACAAGUGAAAGCUAGAACAAUGUGCAGCAUAGCUACCCUGUUCUGAAGAACUUCAUAUAUAACCUUCAGAAGCAGAAGGUCAGGGGAUUCCCUGAAAGCAUCAAAUGGCAGCAGCCCAUCAGUACUCAGAUCUCAUGUCACAGGCUGCAGUAAAUGGACACAAGUCACCACCCAACACAUCAGGAUGCAGAUGACAUGUGAUUGCUUGGACUAGAGAAGAUGGUUAUUAUGACAGUUUAGUGGACAACAUUAUGGUUCAGUUGCCACAAAUGAACCUAAUACCUUUGAGCAGGUUUUUUCUUUCUUUCUUUGUACAAAAUUAUCAGAUACAAACAAGAUGAAAUUUUGUAAAGCAGAAAUACGUCAUAAUCAGUAGGGAAAGGAUCUUUGUCAGAGAUGGAAAUGGCACUGAAUCUAUGCAAAAGCACAACCAAUAUUUAUUUUAAUUGGUACAUGUGCCUUAAAAUAAGUGUAAAGAUGGUCAUUCACACCAUUGCCUGCUAUCAGCAAACACAAUUUAGAUGGAUAACAUCUCUUUAAUGUAGGAUUGAUAUGGUAUGUUGGAGCAAUUAUUCAUUAAGCCUGUUUCAAAUGUGAAACAUGCCCCUAAUAAAGAGACUGUGAAUCAUGGUGGCAGAGAAUGAUAACAGCAAUAUGCAGAGAGUUGUCAAUUGCCCUGCAUGGCUAGGGAGAAUGUAGGUAAUCCUGAUAAUUGGCAUAAUCCGUCAACUAGGAUUUGUGGCAUGAUAACAAAAGAAACCAGGGAUUUUUCUUUCUGACUGUUACAGCUUUGGCCUCUGUCAACAAAGUCUGAAUAUCAAGCAGUUUAAAAAAAAAAAGGUGAAAAAAAGGUUAUUUUGCAAAUGGAAUUUCAUUUGAAAAAUACACAUAAAUAUAGCAUGUAUGCAGAUGGCAUGACCACAUAUUUCAACUGGAUUUGGUUCAUUAAGCAGUGUUUUGUUGCUGUUGCAUGUGCACAUUUUAGAGUUAAUUAUUUCUGAACUGCUUUUAGACCUUCAUUUCUUUUCUCUGUUAUUCAUCCUUAAUUUGAAAAUAAGUUAAGCAGUUCUUUGCUGUGCUUCAGUUACUGCUGUGAAACAGAAAAUACAGGACAACAAAUGGAAUUAUUAUAAUUAUGGAUUGUAAGUACUAGGGGAUGGGCACAAAGCAGCCAAAGUUCAGCAUCUUAAUUUCAAUGGAAAAAUUAAGCACAUUCUUUUUUGAAAUGAACUGGACUUAAAAGUACUCUCCUGGAUCAUGUCUCAUCAGUUGGCUACAAUUUUUAAAAAAUGCAACAGAAUUGAUGCACAUAAGCUUGGCCUUCAGUAGUUGUAAGGAAGUAGGUUAUUCUAGCAUUAAAGUUUUGAUUCCUGAGUAACAGUUCUCCAGUGUACUUCCUGAUGCACACUGUGGACACAUUCAGACAGACAUGUGGCCCAGGGGUAAACUUGUGAACUUGGACCUCAGAAUCAUGUGUGUAUAGACAAUGUAUGAAUGGUAUCAUACAGAGGAAGCUGCCUUAUACAAAGUCAGACUAUUGGUCCAUCUAGCUCAGUAUUAUCUACACCAGUGUUCUUCAACUGUGGGUCCCCAGAUGUUGUUAACUACAACUUCCAUCAACCCCAACCAGCUUAGCCAAUGACCAAAUAUGAAGAACAGUGAUCUACAUUGACCAGCAGUGCCUCUCUAGGAUUUUAGAUGGGAGUCUCUCUCAGGCCAACCUGGAGAUGCCGAGGAUUGAAUCUGGUACCUUUUACAUGCACAGUAUGUGCUCUGCUUCUGAGCUAUGGUCUGACUUCUCCAAAAGGCCCUCCAUUGUGAUUCUGUGCUGCCAAAAAGUUUUUGUCAAUUCCUUAAGACACCCUGAAUUUAUCCUUUAAAAAUAUUAGCCACACCCACUUUACAUUUCAGCAACACCUACUUUGACAUGCAACCCCCAGAUAGUGGACCUUGGGUCAAUGUGGCCCUUUGCCUGAAAAAGAUUAGCCACUCAUUGUGUUUGGAGAUAGGUUCUCUGUAUUUAUGAAUGUAGAAAAUUAAACAAGUGCAAAUAAUCCAUAGAAGCCAUGGAGAGUGUUCAGACUUCAUGUGGAAACAAUAAUGAUUCCUGGGUGUACAAACCAAGUUGUAUCCAUCCAGAUCUGUUCUUUCCCACCUUCUCCCUUUUGGUUUCAUUUAUAUAGAUUAGCAUGGCCUCUUUGCCACUACUUGAGAACCCUUUAUAUUCUUUUGCUAUGAUACCUCCCCAUGUAUGCCAGAGAUCCAUUUCCAUGUAUGUUGUGUGUCACAUGCAUGUCACAGGUCCGCAUGGCCUGACUGAGACAACAAAGAAGACCUAUCAUACUGGUGAUGUUUCACACUGCAGGUUAGGGCAGUUCCUCAUUAAUGUUCUUGUCAGUCUGAUCAUCUAUCAUGGACUACCAGCACUACUCAGGAGCAAUCUUCCCUGUUGUGCCGCUGGAGUUGUCUGCCCCAUAUUUUUCUGUGAGUUGUCCAUCUGUUAGUUGGAAGGGACCAGUGCAGAAGGUCCCAGGUUCUAUACCUGUUAGCUCCAGUUCAAAGGAUUAGGUAGAUAUGAAAGUCGUCUCCCUGAGCUGCCAUUCAGAGUAGAUACUAGGCUAGAUGGACAGAUAUUCUGCCCUGGAUUAAGGCAGAUUCCUAUGUCCAUGUCCUUCUGAUAUGUGGGGAUGAGCUUCUGGUUUUUCCAGGCAAGUAAAUCCUUGGCCACCCCCCUGCAAUUAUCUUCAUAUACAAUAAUGGACACAGCUGUUCAUGGUUUUCCAGAGGCCCUGCGAUGCAGAGCUGGCCCAAGACAUUUAGCUGUCAGAGACAAAGGACAAGAUGGUGCUCUUCCUCAUUCUACAUACAGAGACCAACUGAGCUAGUUGUUAACCUCCAACAUCUCACAGCCUUUCCCUGACCCUUAGCAUCUGCCUCCUGAGAUGAGCCUAUUUUUAAUGAAAUAAAAGUUAUCAAUAAAUGUUCCUAACAUUGUGCUUAAUACAAUUAAAUAUCCAUCCUCUUAAUCUUUGUUGGGCAGCUUGCUUCCAUUUAUGGGAAUGAAACUUGCAUAAGUUUUGUAUCAAAAACAUGGAAGACUAAGGGGCUUCCACAGGAUUCUUUGUAACUGUGACAGCUCAAUGUUUCUCCAGUUUAGAAGGUCUUUUGUAUUUAUGUAUUCGUAUGUAUUCUUCAUUGCAUAGUCCUUCCCAAGGGGUUAAUUUGUUGUGUUCUGCUGGUUAAAUUAUCCAACUAUUGUUUACUCAGUGGUUCCUUCAUACUGCUGGUUUCUGUCUCAUUUCAGCAGUCUUCAUUUAUGUCCAAAAAUUCUGGUGCUUCUCAAAAGAUGUAAUUUUUUUAAAAAAAGUCUCCAAGUCAGGAAUGCCAUUGUGUAGAUCGUAUUGCAAAGGACAAAAAAAAAAUUAAAGAAAAGAAAAAGAAAUAUCAAAACUCAAGCAUGAUAUUUACUGUUUAUCUCAGUUUGAACA